CCGCCGGAGGCAGGGCGCCCGCCUGCCCGCCGCCGCCGCCGCCGCCGGCCGCUCUGUGGCCGGGGCCGCUCGGUCGGUGCGGGCAGCGGCCGGGGGCCCCGCGGGGACUCUGCGUGCAGCCGGAGCCCGGGAGGGGCCGCGCCGCCACAGUCUGAACUAGGAUGUCCCGACAUGAAGGUGUCAGCUGUGAUGCAUGUUUAAAAGGAAAUUUUCGAGGUCGAAGAUACAAGUGUUUAAUUUGCUACGAUUACGAUCUUUGUGCAUCUUGUUAUGAAAGUGGUGCGACAACAACAAGGCAUACAACUGACCAUCCAAUGCAGUGCAUACUAACGAGGGUAGAUUUCGAUUUGUACUAUGGUGGAGAAGCUUUCUCAGUAGAACAGCCGCAGUCUUUUACAUGUCCCUAUUGUGGGAAAAUGGGUUAUACGGAGACAUCUCUUCAAGAACAUGUUACUUCUGAACACGCAGAAACAUCAACAGAAGUGAUUUGUCCAAUCUGUGCGGCAUUACCUGGCGGAGAUCCUAAUCAUGUCACAGAUGACUUUGCAGCUCAUCUCACACUUGAACACAGAGCCCCUAGAGAUUUAGAUGAAUCGAGUGGUGUUCGACAUGUACGUAGAAUGUUUCACCCUGGCCGGGGACUAGGAGGUCCUCGGGCCCGUAGAUCAAACAUGCACUUUACUAGCAGUUCUACUGGCGGGCUUUCUUCUUCGCAGAGUUCAUAUUCUCCAAGCAAUAGGGAAGCCAUGGAUCCUAUCGCUGAGCUUUUAUCUCAGUUAUCAGGAGUGAGACGUUCUGCGGGAGGACAACUCAAUUCUUCUGGCCCCUCAGCUUCUCAGUUACAACAGCUCCAGAUGCAGCUGCAGCUAGAACGACAGCACGCACAGGCAGCACGGCAGCAGCUGGAGACAGCCCGUAAUGCAACCAGGCGCACUAAUGCCAGCAGCGUCACCACUACAAUUACACAAUCGACAGCAACAACCAACACGACAAAUACAGAAAACAGUCAGCAAACUAUUCAGAACUCCCAGUUUCUUCUUACGAGGUUAAAUGAUCCUAAGAUGUCCGAAACAGAGCGUCAGUCAAUGGAAAGUGAGCGGGCAGACCGUAGCCUGUUUGUCCAAGAGCUUCUCCUGUCCACUUUGAUGCGUGAAGAAAGUUCCUCCUCUGAUGAGGAUGAACGGGGGGAAAUUGCCGAUUUUGGUGCUAUGGGCUGUGUAGAUAUUAUGCCUUUAGAUGUUGCUUUAGAAAACCUAAAUUUAAAAGAGAGUAAUAAAGGAAAUGAGCCUCCAGCACCUCCUCUUUGAUGACACCCCAAACCGCAGACAGUGUCCUCUGUGCUGUAUUUGCCAAUGAAAGUGGACAACAACUAUCUUGGGUUUGUUUUGGUGAUUGUAAUUUCAGGUCUGUCACUCUUGUUACAUUGUGUACAUUCAAAAGGAAGAGAGAAAAAAUAUAUAUGAUAAUCAUUUCCACUUAACUAAUUUUUACUUCUAGCAGGUAAAUGUAGGUAGCAGUGCAGGGGUGAUCCUGCUUCCUGUACCUUGACAUGCAAAAGGCUCCUAAUACUCCACAUUCAAACUGAAGAGGAAAAUUGAAAUCUCUAAUGAAGCUGCUGUGUGUAUUUAUGAAUAUUAAUGAAUAAAAACUGCUUGGAUGGUUUACCUUAA